ACCUGGGUUACAAGGUUGGGGCAGUACUAGUCCCGGUAGUGGUGGUUUUCAUUACCGAGUUGCUUCGGCUUGAGUCUGUAGCGCUAUGGCGGCCUCAGGCCUUCCGCCGUUGCCCGCGCAGUUCAAGCCCAUUCAGCAUUUCCUGAGAACCGCGCAGGAGCUCGAGAAGCGGGAGCCUGUGGUGGCUUAUUAUUGCCGUUUGUAUGCUAUGCAGACAGGUAUGAAGAUUGAUAGUAAAAACCCAGAGUGUCGCAAAUUUUUAUGCAAGCUCAUGGAUCAGCUUGAAGCUAUGAAGAAGCAGUUGGGUGAUAAUGAAGCUAUUACUCAGGAAAUAGUUGGCUGUGCCCAUGUGGAGAAUUAUGCAUUGAAAAUGUUUCUUUAUGCAGAUAAUGAAGAUCGAGCUGGGCAGUUCCACAAAAAUAUGAUAAAGUCUUUUUAUACUGCAAGUCUUCUAAUAGAUGUCCUGACUGUGUUUGGAGAACUAACCGAUGAGAAUGUUCAACACAGAAAAUAUGCCAGAUGGAAGGCAGCAUAUAUUCAUAAUUGUCUAAAGGCUGGAGAGACUCCACAAUCUGGACCUAUUGGCAUGGAAGGGGAAUAUGAUGAAAAUGAAGAAGUUGGCUCCCCUGCUCUACCAAGCCAAGACUCACAGCCAUCCUCUGCUACUUUUGAACCAAGCAAUGUCCCCACAAGCAAUUACACUGGCAUACAUAUUCCACCUGGUGCUCAUGCUCCAGCUAACACUCCUGCGGAAGUCCCUCACAGCACAGGUGUGACAAGCAAUACAAUUCAACCCGCUGCUCAGAAUGUUCCAAUAGUAGAUCCUUCACUUUAUAAUGUCCAACCUGCAGGGGAAAUGCGUUUGACUGCCGAAGACUUCGCCAAAGCCCAGAAAUAUUGCAAGUAUGCUGGCAGUGCUUUGCAAUAUGAAGAUGUGAGCACUGCUGUGCAGAAUUUAGAGAAAGCCCUCAAGUUACUGACUACAGGCAGAGAAUGACGCCUUUGUCCACCAGAUUCAUGACUUAUGCCUAAAGAACUAACAGUCCAUUACUCCUACCUUCAACCUGUCGGGGAAAACCCAGAUGCACAAAAGCUUUUGAUUUCUGAUAAGAAAACGAAAUCUGUGUCUCUGUAUCGAAUUCUUUCUGUAGUCUAGUCUGGAGCUAUGGCCGCCAGCUUCAUUUAUUGACAGGAACAGGAACUAUCUGGGGACAGUGGCUCGAAUUCGAGUUACCAAUUCUAGACACUUCUAGGCCAGGGCUGCAGAAUGCCCCAACAGUUGUGCUGUUCUUUUUAAAAAAUUGAGUGGGGGAGGGGAAGUUGUCUGUUUGAAUGCAUAUUUAGAAUUUGUCACAAAUGUCAAAUAAAACUGUUUGGAAACACAAGAUGGUUUUAAAGGUAAAGUUCAGAGAAUUUGGAGAGGGGAGUGGCACACCAUAAGAUAGAAUAUGCCGAAAGAAAGGCAAAGGCGGUUUUCUUAAGAGAUGUCAAAUCAAGUUAUAAAAGUAGGAUGCUUUCAAGUUACUUCAGAAAAACCAUUUUAAUGGUUCUUGAUUCCACCACUCAUAAAAGCUGUAUGAUCUGUUGUGGUUUUGGAUUUUUUUUCCCCUUUGCAUGGUUUUAUUUCAUUUUUUAGUAUACUGGGAAUCAAAAGAAAGAUACAUCUGAAGUCUAAACCCAGCUCCAGACAUCCUGACCUUUGAGAGCAUUUCCAUUUAGUUCUAAAACUUAGACAGAGACUGUGGUUAUAAUGUAAUAUCUUGACUAUGAUGUUGAGCUGUUUGGGGGGACGGGAUUUUUAUUUGUAGCUAUUGCCAAAUGGUAAGAUUGGUACAUAAAUUUAAAUUUUCCCAACUAAUACUGGAUUGUAGACUCCAUUAAAGCAUAUUGGACCCUUCACAUGUGUUGCUGAAUUAUUCAUAUAAUGUUGAAAUGCAUCUACGCUGUUUUAAUAAUGAAUAAAAAUCUUUUAUGACCUAAUUGUUUGUACACUGCCCUGAAAUCUUAAUGUAAUAAAUGUAACAAAUUACUUUUUAAGAAGUACAA